AUGGCUGGUCACCUACUUCGGGACGUGCUGAGGUAUGCCUUUCUCAAUAUCAACGUUUGGCAGUUCUCCCCUUUUGCCCUUUUUCCCAUCUGGGCAGAAUCCCAAUUUGCCGUUUUGAAAGUCACCUAUUACCAUUCCAUUUUUCGUAAUUCUCUGUUCUGGUUCCCCGAGAUGCUUCCCACUUGCACCAUGAGAGGGCAAACGACUUUCACUACUCUAUGCUCUUCAAAAUUUUCUUUCUCAGGAUAUUGUAACUUUCUUUUCAUAACAAUGGCCAGAAUAACUGUUGAUCACGUAGAAGAGGAAUUUACAAAGACCACAGACAAAACCAAUUGUGUCUUUGGCAUUUGCUCAUCACCUUCAACAGUAACCAUCGCACAAAAGUUGAUUGCAGAAGUCAUUGGUACGUAUUUUGUGAUAUUUGCUGGUUGUGGAUCAGUUGUUGUGAAUAAGAUCUAUGGGUCAGUCACAUUUCCAGGCAUAUGUGUAACGUGGGGUUUGAUUGUCAUGGUCAUGAUUUAUUCUGUUGGUCAUAUUUCUGGAGCUCACUUUAAUCCGGCAGUCACUAUCACUUUUGCCAUCUUUCGCCGAUUCCCUUACAAGCAGGUUCCUCUAUACAUUGUAGCUCAACUGAUGGGAUCAAUUCUUGCUAGUGGCACUUUGGCUCUAGUGUUUGAUGUAACCCCUAAUGCUUACUUUGGAACUGUACCAGUUGGAUCGAACUGUCAAUCCUUAGUUCUGGAAAUUGUGAUAUCCUUCCUCUUGUUGUUUGUCAUCUCUGGUGUUGGCACAGACGACAGAGCUACAGGUGAACUAGGAGGGAUUGUCACUGGAAUGACUAUACUAUUGAAUGUUUUAGUUGCGGGGCCAAUUUCAGGAGCUUCAAUGAAUCCAGCAAGGAGCAUUGGGCCUGCUGUUGUAAAACAUGUCUAUAAAGGAUUAUGGGUCUAUGUAGUUGGGCCAAUUAUUGGAGCAAUUGCUGGAGCAUUUGCUUAUAAUCUAAUAAGAUUCACAGACAUGCCUCUUAAGGACUUAGUUCGGAGUGGGUCAUUCCUCAGAGGUACUUCAGUUAAAUAAGUGCAGAGAAAAUCAACGGAGACAAUUUUGAUGUGUGUGACUAUGAAUGGUGAAGAAAAAAACGAUGGAUUCAUGACAGUUACUCAAAAUUUGCCCGGUCCAAGUUAUGACAAAAUUGUUGUCCAAGCUAAAAUAACUUAGAAUUACAUUGCUACUUUAAAUAACUCAGAAUUACAUUGCUACUCACGGUAAAUUAGAGGGCUGAUUAUUAAAAUAGAUUUUGGAUUUGUGAAUUAAACCAAGGCCCGGCCAUUCGGUUUG